AUGGCCCAUGCGUUUGGAACCAUGGGCCAUUCGCCUGGAACCAUGAUCCAUACGCCUAGAACCAUGUCCCAUACGCCUAGAACCAUGUCCCAUACGCCUGAAAACACUGUCCCAUACGCCUGGAACCAUGACCCAUACGCCUGGAACCAUGUCCCAUACGCCUGGAACCAUGUCCCAUACGCCUGGAACCAUGUCCCAUACGCCUGGAACCAUGUUCCAUACGCCUGGAACCAUGUUCCAUACGCCUGGAACCAUGUCCCAUACGCCUGGAACCAUGUUCCAUACGCCUGGAACCAUGACCCAUACGCCUGGAACCAUGCCCCAUACGCCUGGAACCAUGCCCCAUACGCCUGGAACCAUGCCCCAUACGCCUGGAACCAUGCCCCAUACGCCUGGAACCAUGCCCCAUACGCCUGGAACCAUGCCCCAUACGCCUGGAACCGUGCCCCAUACGCCUGGAACCGUGCCCCAUACGCCUGGAACCGUGGCCCAUACGCCUGGAACCGUGGCCCAUACGCCUGGAACCGUGGCCCAUACGCCUGGAACCGUGGCCCAUACGCCUGGAACCGUGGCCCAUACGCCUGGAACCGUGGCCCAUACGCCUGGAACCGUGGCCCAUACGCCUGGAACCGUAGCACAUACGCCUGGAACCGUAGCACAUACGCCUGGAACCGUGUCCCAUACGCCUGGAACCGUGGCCCAUACGCCUGUAACCACUGUCCCAUACGCCUGGAACCACUGUCCCAUACGCCUGGAACCACUGUCCCAUACGCCUGGAACCACUGUCCCAUACGCUUGGAACCAUGA